UGGCUAAGCCAUGCCCCCCUCCACUCACUCAGACAAACUAUCAACAUUCAGUGCCCGGCGCUAUGGCAGGUGUCACAGUACACGGCAUUUCACAGGAGGCAAUUGAUGAUUUUUGGAGACAUAACGAUCAGAUGUCAUUGAGAAGUAACCAAAAGGGCCUAAACUACGCAUUGGAGGGAUAUAUUCAUCAUUUUAUUGUUGAGAAGGUCGAUGAAAAGCUUAAAUUACAAGCCAAAAUUUACAGGUCACAGUGUACGCUUGUGAACCGCAUCUGGUUGCCGUCACCAUCAAAGACAACAAGUUAAAGUGCCACUGAAGUUAAGGUUUUUGGCUCAGAAUAUGAGAAAAGGAUAACGGCCUUUUUACCAUCUUUACCAAGAGUGUCUCUCCGUUAGUUUGGUGCUACAGUAUUUACACUGAAUCAUUCAGCAUAACGUUUGCCAACCUUUGUUAUCUCUGCCAUUACAGAUAAGUUAAUGAAGCUAAGCUCCAGAAGUUAACGUUAGCUUAACUAGAGCCCUUUGGACAACAGCUAACAAUGAUGUACGAUCACCAAAGUACAAAACUAGAACAAAAUAGGCUAAUGAACUCCCAGCAAACAAGGUGACAUGAUGAACAACGCAGCUAGGAGCUAACGUUAGGCUAACUUUAGCUAACGUUAGCUAGAGAUGUUAAAGAUAACUUUAUAUUUCUUUCCAGCAAAGUGACAAUAUGUUGCCUCAAACACAAUGUUGACUUACCUUAGAACAGAUGUAGACAUCAUUGUUAAUCUUAUUCACGUUGAGUUGAUGUUGUGGUCUAACGUUACCACACAACUUUAUCCAAAGGAGACACUUUUCUCGGUUGAGAUGUGGUUUAAAGUGUAAAAAAUACACCUGGUCGCCCAGCCUCUCAGGAUACCUUGUGUCAGAGUUGCAUGUACCCCAUGCACACCGUUUGACCAUUUUUAAACUUCAAAUCUCAGAAAAAGCUCAUAAAACCCAACAAACUGACUUUCUGUAAUGCAUUUCAAUGGACGUCCAGGCAGAGAAUGUCCCAGUGUAUGGGAAUGGCUAUACGCACUGUGAUUGGCUCAUCGCGUUGAGGGUGGGGCUUAGCCAUAGGUCAAUUAGAUGUGAAUUCUUUUCAGGCUGUGCAUAAUUUCUGCCUGUAAAAAUGCCACCCGUGGUCGUAUUUUGGAGGACGACAGUCUUGGCUGAACACUUUGCAAAAAAGUGGACAAAACAAAAACUUGUGAAAUAGUGUUUGUGCAUUUUUAAUCUGAUGUAAAGUUGUAUCAAAGCUGUCGUGUUGACUAGUGUAAUGUGUCUUUUUCUGGCUCCGCCCACAGCUGUAACCAUAGAAACAGAACAAAACAAAGUGUUUGAAUGUCCGCUGUGUGUGACGGUUCAUCUGCUGCACUUUCUAUGAUCAGCACUUAAAAAUGUCUAAAAAAAAAAAAAAAAAAAGAAGCUGAGAAGUUUUGUGUGACUCGAACGUCUCUGAUCUGUUUUCAUUUCCUGUUGUAAACUUCUGUAAAAUAUUUGAAUGUUUUAGUUUGUAAAAGUGAAGAUGUAGUUGGUGACGUAUAUAAAGCAACAACGUGGCUGUGAGUGAACUGUUUUAUGAUUCAUUCAUAUCACCAUCAUCAUCAUCAUCAGGUUGAAGGAAGUGCUGCUGUGACUCAUUUAGAGUAAAAACAAAAAGAGGUUUGAACUGAAACAAUUACACAAUGACCCACCGCAGCAUGACGAGCUCUCUGCUGCUGACAUCAUCGUUCCACAUCAGCAGAGACCCAAACGUGUCAAAGAUUUAAGGACGGAUCGUUAAUGAGCAUCCGGCGCUCCGUGACUCAGUCACACGGGUUAUUUUUAUCAGACGAGGGUUUGUGAAGCAGAAUAAUACAAAUAAAUAUCUGCUGCCGUUAAAACGUUUAAAACACUUUCAUUUAUUAUCAGUGUGGAAAGUAACAGAGUACUUUUACUCAAGUACUGUAACUCUCUCCUCCUCUUCCUCCACCUCUGAGGUGAAUCCUGGACUUUUUACUCUGUGUUAGAAACAAUGAAAUGACUCUACUGACAGAUAACAGCUUAUAGACGACUCUUUGGACUUUUGUCCAUGGAUACUUUUUUCUUCAGUGAUGUGAUUGGUCAGAGGUCGGUGUGUUGACAGGCUGUGAUCAGGUUAGCUGUUCAGCAUCAGGGAAGAAGUUCAUCAGUGGGGACUUUCUCCAAACGGAGCCGAGGUGAGUCACACUGAAUUUAUACUAAAGCAAUCGCACAAUUACCCAGAACACACGACGAAGGAAUCAGAGCACUGAGUCACAGUUUGCUGUUUCUCAACUGAUUUUAUUUUAUUUAAAUGUUGAGUUUAAUGUUAAAGUUGUUUUAAAGGGUCUCACUCUGUCUGUUCUUCUUCUGUGGCUGUAGAAACUGAAGCUUCCUCCCAUGAUCACGUGACCAGAGGAAAUGUUGUAACCUAGACGAGACGCCUGCCAAGCUGCAGACCACAGUUAAAUACCAAUAAACAACAAACCUGUUUGUGAUUUAUUUAGUCAUUGCUGGGUUUCCAGCAAUUUUUUAAACUGGAACAUCAUGUUUCAGUGCUUGUUUUCAGCCUAAACACAGCUGUAUUUCCAGCCAAGUUUUGCACCAAAAAAGCGACAUUUUUACCGAGACAUUGCUGCGUUUCCAGCGGGGAUUGUUCCACAAAAGUGGUUGUUUUUUACAGAGACAUCACUGCAUUUCUAGACAGUACAGUGCCAUGAAAAGUAGCUGUUUUUUACUGAGACAUCGCUGUGUUUCCAGCGGGAGUAGUGCCAUCAAAUGUGCUUGUUUUCAGCCUAAACAUAGCUGUAUUUCCAGCCAAGUUUUGCACCAAAAAAGUGACGUUUUUCCCAAGACAUUGCUGCGUUUCCAGACGGCAUGGUGCCAUGAAAAGUAGCUGUUUUUUACUGAUACAUUGCUGUGUUUCCAGCGGGAGUAGUGCUAUGAAAAGUGGUUGUUUUUAACCUAAACAUAACUGUUUUUCCAGCCAGGAUAGUGCAGCAAAAACUCUUGUUUUCUACCGAGACAUCACUGCGUUUCCUGCUGGGAUAGUGCCAUGAAAAGCAGUCGUUUUUAACCACAACGCAGCUGUUUUUUCGGCCAGGAUAGUGCUGCCAAAGUGUUGUUUCAACUGAGACAUCGCUGCGUUAGCUGCCAGGAUAGUGCUACGGAACGUCUUUACUAAGACAUUACUGCAUUUACUGCGGUAUAGUGCCAUGAAAAGUCUUUUUUUUUAAACCUAGACAUCACUGUAUGUCCAGCGGAGAUAGUGCAGCAAUAGUGUCAUGAAAGGCGGGUGUUUUAAGCUAAAACAUUUUUAUUUUAACCAUAACUAAGUGGUUUUAACGUAACCUAAACAUAACCACAUGUAAACCACAGUGUUGUUGAAACAUAAAAAAACAAAAAGGUUCAUUAUACAAAUCGUAGCGUACCCAUGAUCUGCAGAAACGCACAGUGCCACCAACAUUUAUUUAGAAAACAUUUAUUCUGGAAAUUAGGUUCAAUUCUUUUCAAGGCUAAUUAGACAUUUGUACUUUUAAAGAAGCAACACUUGAUAUUAAAUCCUCGCUCACUCACUCAGUCGUUUGUUAAACGUGUGACACUCUCGCUCACAGACCUCCAUCUCUGUCAUAACUUUUAAGAAAAACAUUGCGAGCUCGACGGCGAGGGGAGAGGAGCUGAUGUUGUUGCUGUAAUCUGGGAUCCAGGUCAGCGAUAAGGAACACAACACUGAUAAGGAAGACAAUGGAGUGUUUUUCAGUGUCUUCAGCACCUUCUGAAGGAUGAAUGAUGAAUGAUGGACCUCGUCUCUCCUCUACAGCCUCUCCUGUCGACCUCUGAGACAAUGGAUUGUACCUGAGGACGAGCAGCUUGGAUAAACUCUGAGAUCAUCGACGGACUGGAGGCCAUCUUGGAGAGGCCGACAGCCCUCCAGCAGCAGCAGCAGCUCCAGCAGGGGCCCUCCUGAUACCUCCUCACUCCCCGGCUGCAGCGCCCCCUGCUGGUCAGCAUGGAUCCCAGAGCAGGACGGCUGCCGCUCCAGGUGCUGGGAGAGAACGAGGCGCUGCAGCAGUUCUUCAGUGGUCAGGAUGUGAGUGGUGUGUUGGACAGUUCUGUCGCAGUGGACACGAGCAUCCUGGAGCAGUACCUCAGCAAUGACAUGGACCCCAACAGCUUCAUGCUCCCUGAGUCUCCUCCUGACUCGAGCUCGGAGGCCUGUUCACCUCCACAGAUACCAGACUUCCACUACGAGGCGCCCUAUUGGUCCAACCAGCAGAACACCCAGGAAGUGUUCCAGCCAACACAGCGGUCUGCCCCCUCAUCCUCCUGUCGCUUUAAGAAUCGAGGCCCCGUCCCCGCCCACAAUGAGCUGCUGACCCACGAACAGCUCCACAGUUUGGGCCUCACAAACACUUACAUCAAGUCUGGGACCUCACCUGCCCCACCCCCUCCACCUGCCCCCCUGCACCAACAAACUCACCAGGUGUCCGCUCCACCUGCCCCCCUGCAGCAGCACACGCACCAUCUACCUGAACACACACACUACCUGAGUCCAGAGAGCUGCUUGCAGGCUUACACCCCGCCCACACCUCCUUCCCCACCAGUGCCCCCCUCAAACAGCUACGCCACACCCUGCACUGUUCCAGGUGUGGUCCCACAUGUAUCCACGCCCCCUUCAACCUGUCAGCUGGGCUCCGCCUCCACGCUACACAUCUGCUCCUCAGAGAGUAGAAAGAGGAGGAGAUCUGAGUCUGAGUCUGAGGAGCCAUCAACAGGAAUCAAGGCUUCCUGCAAUGAAAGUGACGCAACUCAAGGCAGCAGUGUAGGAAACGGUGUAGGUGGUUUGGGAUCCUACCAGCUGCUGACUUGGGAACAGUACAGACCAGAACAUUGGAGCACUUUGUACGACAGCAGCUACCAGACAAUGUCUCCUCCUGCCUACCACGUCGACACAGAUAAAGGCUUCAACUACUCUGCAGGUGACGAGGCCUUCGUCUGCCAGAAGAAGAACCACUUCCAGGUCACCGUUCAUAUCGGCGUGGCUGCAGAGCCACAAUACGUCAGAACGUUAAGUGGGCCGCAGCAGGUCGACCACUUCCUGAUAAAAGUGUUUGGGAUCAAGCUGGAGUCUCCGAGCCACCAGGUGACCAUUGAGCAGUCUCAGCCCGACCGCAGCAAGAAGCCCUUCCACCCUGUCAGGGUCAGUCUGCCCAGUGGCAAAAUCACCAAGGUAACGCUCGGACGACUGCACUUCAGCGAGACGACGUCCAACAACAUGAGGAAGAAAGGCAAACCCAACCCUGACCAGAGAUAUUUUCAGAUGGUGGUUGGUCUGUACGCUUCAGUGGGAGGAGACGAGACGUUCCUCCUCACAGCUCUGGUGUCGGAGAGAAUCAUCAUCAGGGCCUCUAACCCUGGUCAGUUUGAGACGGACGGCGACGCCCUGUGGCAGCGUGGGGCGAUGCAGGACGCCGUGGUCUGUCAGGGACGAGUGGGCAUCAACACCGACUCCCCUGAUGAGGCCUUAGUGGUCUGUGGUAACGCCAAGGUGAUGGGCGCCGUCAUGCAGCCAUCAGACCGCCGUGCCAAAGAGAACAUCCAGGAGGUUGACUCUGAGCAGCAGCUGAAGAGAAUCACUCAGAUGAGAUUAGUUGAGUUUGAUUAUAAACCAGAGUUUGCCUCCGUCAUGGGAAUAGACCACACCCACCAGACAGGUAUAAUAGCUCAGGAGGUGAAGGAGCUGCUGCCAUCAGCCGUGAUGGAGGUCGGAGACGUUUCCUGUUCUGACGGAGAGACGAUUGAAAACUUCCUCAUGGUGGACAAAGAGCAGAUCUUCAUGGAGAACGUUGGGGCGGUGCAGCAGCUGUCGAAGCUCACCGACAACCUGGACACUCGAAUCAAAGAGCUGGAGGUCUGGAGCGGCCGACUGGCCAAGUUGAAGUGUCUGACCGGCAGCCUGCGCUCCACUGGGAUACCCAGGAAAGCCAGCAGUGUGUCGAUGACACCGGGUCCUGACACAUGUAAGACUGGGAAGGUUCAGAAGGAAGGCUGGAGUCAGAAGUACAGCAGCUGUCUGCAGCAUAAAGUCUUCCAGGCCAGCGUCUUCACCCUGCUGGCCACCAUGGCUUUCUGCGUCAUCUCUAUCACUGCUCUCUACCUACUGAAUCUGAGGGAGGACGACUAUAACAUCUUUCCUGGCAUCAGUAACGGCAGCGUGGUUCCUCCGCAGACCACAGCCUGGAGCAGCACAGUCCAACCGUCCACUCCUCACGGCCCUUGGCCACCAGACAUGGACUUCUGCGACCUGCUGUACUGUGAACAGGUGUACUGCUGCACUCCACCAGCAGGGGGCAGCACUGACCCUAAUAUCACCUCCACUGAAUCACCUGCAGAGGAAAAUUCUGAUAUUGCAGAGGAAAGAAGAGAAAAACUUUACCAGAAGCUGAAAAAUGCCAAAGACUGGACGAACACGACCUUACAGUCUUUAAUGAUCAAAGAGAACCAGCAGGUGAUCGACAGCAAAUACUGUCUAAGAGACGAAUGUGGGCCAGGUAGAUACACCUUCAGAGUUCCCAUCAGCCAGUUUGUCCCAGACAACAUGAGAGUCACCCUGGUCAUGAACUCCACAGAGGUGCUGGUGGUUCAUCUGUGCAGCCUUGAUGAGUCAACGGCCUGCUCUGCUAUGCUGGAUAUAGACACUGUCACUGGAAGCAGAUACCCAUCAAACACACAGGGAGAACAUGAGUGGCCUCUUCAUGUCGCUCGUCUUUAUCACAGCUCGUAUCACUUUCGCUCCACAGUGGCCGGUCAAGCAGACUGCAGUACUGACUAUUACUACGCGGGGGCGCGCUUCACUGACUACUACUUCCAUUUCUACAGACGCUGCACACACACAUAGACAAACAAUUAAAGAUAAAAUUACCAAAACAUUAAAAUAUUGAAUGCAAAUAUGUUAAAUAUUUGCUUUUUUUUAACACAAAGGUGACAAUCAGAAAAACUGAAACAGAAUUUCACCAAUUCUGCUUUUGUGUUGUUGUUUUUUUAUUGUGACAUUAGUCACUUUUGUGGAUAGAUUGUUCUGUGUGAUUGGAAAAAAAGGUUGCUCAGAUCAGACACACUAUAUAUACAUACUAUAUGCCCCAUUAUGUUCUUCUGUUUUCUGCCUUUUCUUCUUAUGUCUUACCUGCUUUGUAAGAAAGUGAUUCUGAACCCGGGGAUCAGGACUCAAAAUGUGUCGGAAGAUAAGUGUGUUGGGGGGAGGGGCGGGAUGAUCAUUAUUAUAAGAAAAAAACAUGUCUGCUUUCUGUGUUUUCUGGCUUUUCUUAAAUAUUGUAUCUUAAAUAUCAUGUCUUAAUAUUGACUUUUUUUUCUCAUGAAAUGCUGGAAACGUUUUUAGGUCUGUGAAAAUGAAAAGAAAAUAUUGCUGUCUGCUUGUCACAAGGGGUCACAGGCAGGCGAUGCUUUAAAAUGUCUAGACUUAAACUGAGUAAGUUUGAAAAAUGACUAGAAUUAAGUAGUUUUCUGUUUUGGUUUUUAGUCAUUAUCAUGAAGUUUAUUUCUUGGAAAGUAGUGAUCUCAUUCUGAUGGAUUACGCCUGUGUAAAUCCCAAAUUCCUGAGCAAGAAUUCUGAAAAUAAAGCCUGAAGUUUGAUCUGAGAAAUUUUGCUGCUGGUACUUCAGUUCUAGUCUCAAAGAACAAAACCCAGAGAAGACUUGCUUCUAAAUUGGGAAAUAGAAAAAACAUACUUUUAUCUAAGACUCAAGAAAAAGCAGUUAUUAAAAAGCAGAAUAUUAAAACAAACAAGAUCUAAAGUUACUUAUUAAAAGAAAUAUUGAUUAAGUUACUUCUGAGUGUAAAACUGUCGAUGUGAAUCUUUUCUAUGAGCUGAACUGAACGUGACUGAAUCCUGAACUCUUUGCUUUAUGUGAAA